AUGAGUGACAUACCUGUUGGUCUACUGCCAAUGUCCAGUGCUUCCUCUUAUGGUGGUUCUCCAGACUCACCAGCCCCUGGCUCCUCUCUGCCCCUCUAUAGUGCUCCAUCUCUGGGCAGCAGGCCCUCUGGUCCUGAAGCCGCUGGUGGAAAACUUAACAUCCAACUGGUGCUGUCACCUGGGGGAGCGGCCCCGCCGGUGGCAAGUCAAGGAGGCCCAGCAGGCUCCAGGCCCAACACCCUGCAGGAUGUAGCACAGGGACUGGGUCUCUCUGUGAUGGAAGCAGGUUCUGAGGGACCAGGGACAGGAGUCUUGGCCGAUGUUGACCUCUGCAGUGACUCCCCCAUCAAUGGACUGACAGCUCUCAGCAAUGGGACCAUACUGAUAUUCAAAGGUGAGCUUUUCUGGUCAGUGGACCCAGUCAGUCGCUCAGUUGGUCAUCCACAGAGGAUCACAGACACUCUAGGUGUCUCCUCUCCCAUUGAUACUGUCUUCACACGCCCCAACUGCCAUGGAAACACCUACAUCAUCAAGGGAGACCAGUAUUGGCGUCUAGACGGCAACAUGGUGAUGGAGCCGGGCUACCCCAAGCCUCUGGCAACUGAGUUCCCAGGUCUGACGGGAAGCAUCAGCGCUGCACUGGCAAUCCCAGCCACCAGAAGCAGCCCGGAGACUGUGUUCUUCUUUAAGAACGGAGACAUUAUGCAGAGGUUCACCUUCCCACCAGGAAGUACUCCACCCUGCAGCAAGACUUCAAGAAGCUCUUCUCAGGGGCGUUUGACUCGCCAGGCUGAGGUUCUUCUAAGUGGAGAGAUCAACAUCAAAGUGUCCCUGAAAGGAUUCCCCACCCCAGUUACCUCCGCUUUGUCCAUGCCCAGCCGUCAGAGGAGAAACCAGUACGAGCUCUACAUCUUCUCUGGACCCCUCUACUUCAGAGUCCAGAUUUCAGGCAACCUGCCAGCGCUUGCCAAACCUGACCCAUCUGCAGCCAUCACACCCCAACCCAUCCUCAGCCCUGCUGACAUGGCAACCGACUCCGCCAACAUGGCUCAGAAUGCGAACCAACCUCAGCCAGCUCCAGCCAACUCCAUCCUAGUUUGGCUGCGCUGCCCAUAGAAGCAAUCUGAAAAGGCAAUCUGGGGCCCUCUGCUGGUAUUUUCUGCAUUUCUCCUCAGUAAAUAUGUCUAAGAAAGAAAA